AGAGCAGUGUGUGUGUGUGUGUACGUGCCGAGGCCCAACGUCACCGUGGUGGACGGCAACAGAAACUACAGCUGGCUUUCCAGGCACGUCUCCGGACCUUCGGGAUACAUUGGAGAACCAGGGCCGACCCGGACCGGCCUGUGAGGGGAGUUUAACCUGCCGCUGCUGCACUCCUGUCUGUUGGUUUAACUUCUUACUGGAAACUGAGAGAAGGAAGACGAUAGAGGAGGAGUGAUUAAAGCAUCAUGGAGGAUGACCUGAUGUUCAGCAUGGAGGAGGAGGAGGAGGGCAGCGCCACGAGACCCCCUGUCCAACGCAGUGCCCACCACCAGCGGGCGCACUCUGUCGGUGACGCCAGUGCCAGUGACGCCGAUGACGAGGACCACUUCAUCUGCCCCAUCCUGGACGACUCAGCCAAAGAGAUCUGCCACUACCUGAAGAACCUUGUUCACACCCAGCAGCUGUCGAACUCUCUCCCAAAGACCAACUUUGUUUUCAGGAAUGAAUCAGAAACAGUGGAAGAACCUAUGUCGUGUAAGGUUUUGUCUGAGAGUGCACGGGAUGCAUGGAAACAUGCAAUAGAGAAGGCCAAAGCCAUGCCCGACCCCUGGGCUCAGUUUCACCUGGAGAAAAUCCAGACUGAACCCUGCAUUCGUUACAGGUACAACGCCAUCACAGGAGAAUGGGCUCAAGACCAGGUCCACAUAAAGAUGGGUGACCAGCCGUUUGGGAAAGGGGCCAUGAGGGAGUGCUUCAGAACGAAGAAACUGUCCAAUUUCUCACACAGCAGCAACUGGAAGUCGGCGUCCAAUUAUGUGGCCAAGCGUUACAUGGAGGAAGUGGACAGAAGUGUUUACUUUGAGGACGUCCGGCUGCAAAUGGAGGCCAAACUCUGGGGAGAGGAGUACAACCGUCACCGACCUCCUAAACAGGUUGACAUCAUGCAGAUGUGCGUUGUGGAGAUGGCAGAAAGACCAGAUAAACCUCUCUUCCACCUGGAACAUUACAUCGAGGGCAAAUACAUCAAAUACAACUCCAACUCGGGUUUUGUGAGGGACGACAACAUUCGACUCACUCCACAGGCCUUUAGUCACUUCAGCUUUGAGCGAUCGGGUCACCAGCUGAUCGUUGUUGACAUCCAGGGAGUCGGAGAUCUGUACACCGACCCUCAGAUCCACACAGAGAAGGGCACCGACUUUGGAGAUGGAAAUCUAGGUGUGCGAGGCAUGGCGCUGUUCUUCCACUCCCACCUGUGUAACAAGAUCUGCAAGAGUAUGGGCCUGACGCCUUUUGAUAUUUCACCUGCGGAGAAGUCCCAGAUGGACUCCACCAACAAACUGCUCAAGUCGGCUCAGACGGUGCUGCGGGGCUGCGAGGAGCCCUGUGGCUCUCCUCGUGUUCGCACCAUUUCAGUGGGCCGAGCUCCUCCUUUGCUGUCCCGCCUGUCCGAGACGUCGUCUGCAGACGAGAGCGUGAGCGACGUGGACUCUGUGCCCUGCUCCCCUCUCAUCCUGCCCUGUUCCCCACUGGCUGCAUCAGGAUAUAUGGGAAAGUCCCCCUUUGCAUACACUUUCACUGGGAUGUAUGAACAUGAACGACUCAACAAUAACAACACAGGUGAACACAAGGAAUCCGACAGCGGAAGUGACAGCGGCUACCCCAGCGAGAGGAGGAGUGAAGGCGACCCAAAUGACAACGUAGACGGGAGGAAGAUGGUAGCUCCUCCGAGAGUCUCUGCAGCUUUAAAUUCAUACAAUCCUGACAACGAAUGGCUGACUGAGGAAAACUGGAGUUUCUACCACUCGUCUCGGGCUCACGUCCACAGAUCGUCCUGCGUGGCCACAGAGGUGGAGCGGCUCAACACUCUGCUGCAGACAAAGAUUGGCCAGUCGAACCUCGGGAAGGUCCACUUGGCGAUGGUGCGGUACCACGAGGCGGGUCGUUUCUGUGAGAAGGACGAGCCGUGGGAUCAGGACUCGGCCAUGUUCCACCUGGAGAGAGCAGCUCUGUGUGGAGAGCUGGAGGCCAUUGUAGCGUUAGGACAGUGCUACAUGCAGCUGCCUCAUCACAUCCUGCCUGACAUGGAGCUCGAGGAUAAUGCAGGAAACAGGAUGAAGGGUUUUAAAUACCUGCUGCUGGCAGCCGAGGCUGGAGAGAGAUCGGCUAUGAUCACAGUGGCCAGAGGCUUUGACACUGGGAUCAGUCUGCCAGCUGACAGAAAGCAGGACUGGAAGGAGGCGAUCCACUGGUACGACAGAGUGUUGAACACGACAGACCACGAUGAGGGGGGAGAGUUUGACGGGACGCAGGACGAGCCUCGACACCUGCUGCUGGCCAGAGCGGCAGAGAUGUACCAAGAAGGAGGACACAACCUCACUGCUGACCCGCAGAGAGCAGGUGAUCUGUUCACAGAAGCGGCAGAAGCUGCCAUGGCGGCCAUGAAAGGUCGACUGGCAAACCAGUACUACAUGAAAGCUGAAGAAGCCUGGGCGCUAAUGGAGGAGUAAUUCUAGAUUCACAUUGCUGUCACAAAAAGGCCACGGGAGUUCAUUUGUCUGACCGAUAGCCAGGCUAGUUUACAUUUUAUAUUACAGGAUGUUUGCUAACAGUGCUACGUGUGUGUGCGUUCAUUCAGUCUUAGUUCAGCAGCCUAGUUAAUGAGUUUCUUUUUCCUGUUUCUUUUUCCUGUUUCUUUUUCCUCUUUUCUUUAAUCUCCAUCUUUACUUACCUUUUUGCUUCAUGAAUGCAUGAAAGAGAAAAACUGCAGAAUCAAAUAAAGAGUAAUGUUUACUUUCUUUGACCCAAACAUAAGUUGUUUUAUGAUUGCAUGUUAAAGAAAAAUGUAAAUAAAGUUGAAUCUGCUUUUUGGGU